AUGUGGGAAUCUUUCGGGACGUUGAAAAACGAGUAUAAAUACGAAUCGAAUGCUGAGCCAAUUAUCAGUUUCGAGUUUGAAUCUUACAAUUUAUUUGAGCUGACUUGUGGUUUCUCAGUGUUUUUUCUGGGAAAAGUACAUGCUGAAAACGAAGAUGAGCUCGCCACAGAGAAACAGCGCUUACUUAGUGUGUAUAGUGAUUCUUCGGUUGAUGAGGCCACCAAAUACAGGAACGUCGACAACCUGGUCACUUUCUACGACAAGUACUCCACUCUCCUGCCGUUGACACCGGACUUGAGCAAACGCGCGGAGGAUCUGUUGAGGCGUUACAAAGAGGAAAACGCUCGUGCGGUUUUGGUGGAUGGUACUCCGGCUCAAGGCAAAUUCUGGAUGCCCCUGGUGAAGUUACUAAUUGUCCAGCUGGGCGUUGAAAUAGCCUCUGAGGGUGUCAAGCGUGCUAUUGGAUCCUAAUCCCCUUUAUUAAAAAUCAAAUCAAAUUGAAGGUUUAUUCAAUAUCAUGUGUAAAAAUUUCAAUAAAUCAUUUUGAGCGA